AUUCCUGCUAAAAUAAUGUGUUUCAAAUUGGGUCAUUUGACACUUACUUUGGCUAAUCGUCGUGUUGGUUAUUCUCGUAUUUUUUUGAAUGGGCGAAUCCCUGCUUCACGUAUUGACUUUACUAAAAUGUUUUCUCAGAAAACUGAUAAUGUGCAAGAGAAACUGAUGGUUAGUUAUGACGUCAAAGACUUAUUUGACAAUGUUACGAAGCGUUUUGAUAAAUUUGAUGAUAAGGUUGAUAAGCUAAAGGACCUCGUUAACCAAGUUGACAAACAGUUGGUUGAACUUCGUGGGGAUGUCAAGAAGGAUCUGACUGAACUUCGUGGGGAUGUCAAGAAGGAUCUGACUGAACUUCGUGGGGAUGUCAAGAAGGAUCUGACUGAACUUCGUGGGGAUGUCAAGAAGGAUCUGACUGAACUUCGUGGGGAUGUCAAGAAGGAUCUGACUGAAAUUCGUGGAGAUGUUAAGAACAUUUACAUUAUUGUGGCAAUUUCUUUGAGUGUAAUCUGUGCUGCGAUAAUUAAUUCGUGGAUUAGAUCGCUUUCUGACAGUGCAAAGGCUGGUAGAAGUGAUACACCAAUUACAACUUCUGAUUCUUCUUCUAGUGUAGGUUACAAGAAAGGCACCGGUUUUGUUAUGAAGGCUUUCAAUGAUGACUUAUUUGAUUCUCUCUAUUUUCUUUUUUAA